AUGAGGACCGCGGUGCUGAGCCUGGGGCUGGCCCUGCUUUGCUUGCUGCGCACGGAGGCUGCGGACCUCGGGGCUGCAGAAGUGGACAAGAGCAAGAUUGAAGGGAAAUGGUACAUCACCGCUAUGGCCUCCAACUCUGAGACCUACUUCCAAAAGAAGGACAAGCUGAAGAUGGCAAUGGCCAACAUCGCGGUCCUGGGGGAGGGCGACCUGAAGGUCUCCUUUGCCAUCCCCACCCCGGAAGGUUGCAGGAGAUCAGAGUCCAUCUACAAGCAAACAGGUCCGGGUGAAUACUACAGCGCUGAGCGAGGCAAUAAAACAGUGCAGGUGGUGGACACCGAUGGCAAGACCUACGCCGUUAUCUUUGCCUCCAGAGUGAAGGACGGGAAGACCUUGUACAUGCUGCGGCUCUACAGCAGAACCCAGGAGGUGAGCCCCCAAACCACUGAACUGUUCAAGAAGCUUGCGAGGGAGAAGGGCUUCACCGAGGACACCAUCUGGAUACUGCCCAGCCAGGAGGAAUGCAGCCUCAAUGGAGUGUAG